AUGUUAUUGGUUGACGACCACAUCAUCAGAAAACGAAGAAAGAUCCCAGAAACGACGAGUCGAGAACAGAAGAAGAAGGACGUCUUCUGGAUACAGUACGACAAACGACAGAUAUUUCUCAAGCUGUUGAUUGUGGUUGCACUGGCUCCACGAGGAGUCCAAGGAGCUGGAGGAGGUGGAGGUGGAGAACGGAUUUACGAUGAGAGCAAUUACCAGGGAAACUUGCCGUAUAAACACACGGCCCGAUGCUAUUCCUGUAUGUCCAAACUAUACGAAGCAGUAUGGCCUUCCCUAUCACAUAUUUACAAAAAGCCUAGGAAUUUCACAGAUGACUGCGAUGACGAGCGGAUUGCAGAGGGACGAGUACCUAUUGUGCAUUGUCCCACGAUAUGUGUUUCACUUUUUGAGCAACCCAACAUUGCUGGAGUUAGAAUAAAAGGAUACAUACGUGGUUGUAUGAGUGAUGUGCUGAUAAGUGGUUUCAAUCAGACUAUUGUGACAUGGUAUCGGUGGAUGCAUCGAGAUUCUUGUAGGCCUUAUAGGUAA